GAAAAUCAAAAUGAAUAAAAUUUUGUUAACAUAGUAACCAUCAGUGUUUGUCACACCAUUUUGGAAAUUUCGACGUCAAAUAAGGCGUUCACAAAAUUUUAAGUAUAAUUCUCUAAAUUCAGCAACCAUGUUUUCCCGGGCCACAAAAUCUGUUGUAAAAUUCCUAGGACAAUGCAGUUAUUCAGUCGGUGGAGAAAAUUUCAAGGCAAUCACCGCAACUGGAGAAUUCGGACAAUCCUUAUCUCAAUUUUUGAAAAAAAGUUCAAAAUUUGAAUCCGUAACUGUCAAUGAAGGAAUCACCAAAUCGACCCAAAAUGGGUUCAAUUUUCAGGAGGGCAAAAAAUUGCACAGUUACAAAGACACAAUGCCGGAAUUAACGAGAUUCAGACUCAACUCGGAAAGCAAAAGUUCAGAUGUUACAGGAAAUUUAUCCCAGAUACAGAAAAUCCCAAGUUUGGAAGCUAAAAAGGAAGGAGAGGACAUAAUAGAUAUUCUCAGAAAAUUUCCACUUGCUGAGGAAUCUGAAACAGCGAAUCAUUUACAAAUGAUGCCUCACACUUUGCAGUCGAAAACAACACAAGAGAAAAUGUUCGCCAGUCACCAGAUCGACCCCACUGGCAACCAAGCAAGACAUCCAAAACUGUGGCUAGGAGAUACUGAUUGCGGAGAUGGUCCUCCUGGUAGGCCAACCAAGAGUCCUUGUUCAUCACCUGAGGGCCCUUGCAAGCCAGCUCGAUGUCCAGGAUAUCCAAAAAAGAAAAAACCUGAGAAAAAACCUUUCUGUGUUAGAUGUCCUCCUAAGAGACCCUGCAACGACAGGAACGCUGAUCUGAAAUUUAGACGCUGCUUUUUGUGGCUCAUUCAAAACGUUGCCUUGGUUAAUGAAAAUAUUGGACGCUGGUUUUUUGAAGAUAGGAUCAGAUGUUUAGGACUUAAAACACCUGACAGAGUUUUGGAUCCAAAUCAAAAAAGUAUUUCAUUGAAGAAUGAAUCAGAAUUGUUUCAACAUUCCUUUUCUUAUUCGAGACCCAUAAUACGACCUCAACCAGAAAAGCCACCUGAGCGACUCAAAAUAUUUGUUGGGAUUUCACCUGAAUUUUUGAAGCUUUCAAAGGUUUCAGCAGUUCAACAGAGCAUUCCAUUCAACUAUCUGGGCAGAAGAUCUUUCUCAACCUCGAGAAUCCCUCAGUCUUCAAAGUCCGACUCUCAUCUGCCAUCGAAAUGCAAAACAGUCACGGAAAUUUGUGACACAAACGCUGAAAACCCCAAGGACAAAUGUCCUGGAAUCUCCUGUUUGAAAAAAGUACAAUCAUUAUGUAAAGAGGAGAAGCCAAAGUGUUCAGAUAAGAAAAAAUAUGUUGAGAGGCUGAAGGCUAAAGCUGAAAAAUUACUUUCGAGAAAUAACUGUCCAACAGAUUGUGUACCAAAGAAAAAAGUCAUACCUAUCCAAAUGACUGUCAGAAGUUCUGAAAAACACGAUUAUCCUUCUCCAACCUGUCCACCCGAAAAAAAUCUGAAACCUAACCCCUGUCCUUGUAAUUCUAUACCAAAGGAAAUUUCCAACAGAGAACCUGUAAAAAGAUGUCCACCUCCACCUCCCUUACCAAAACCCCCAAGUCAGCCUCAAAUUUUGUGUCCAUGUCCACCUCCCCCUAAAUUGCCACCUGAUUCAUGCCCUUGCAUUCAAGAUUUCAAGUCCCUUCAACAAGAGAAAAAAGCUCCACCACCUUGUCCUCCCAAGUUGAAAAACACCUGCAGUCAAAAGAAAUAUUAUUGUCAACCAGAGGAAGCAACAGAAAAUAAAUGUAAUAAAAAUCAAAAGCGUAAGUAAUAAUAAAAAAA